UCAUUCACGUCAGUGAUUAUUUGAACGAGUGAUCUAUUGGAUUUUAUCUUUUUUAAAACAAUUUGUACAUACUUUGCGGUUUUGAGCUAAAAGUAUUGACUAUUAUUGUAACUCCGGACACAGAACUAACUUUUAAUUAAUCAUAUUUAAUAUUUGAUACAAAACAAAAUGCACGGUCGAGUAAAGGUACGUACUACAGAGGAAGAACGGGCAAGAAAAGAGAAGGAACGCCAAGAAAAGCUUAAAAUUUACAAACAUGCUAUGCAACAAAUAUUUCUUAAGAGAAAAGAAGGUGAGCUAGAUAAGAACCUACUAGAACUGACUGGGAAAGUUUUGUCAUCGAAUCCCGAUAUUUAUACACUCUGGAACAUCAGAAGGGAAAUUCUUAUAAUUUUGAAGAAAGGUGAUGAAAGUGAAGAGGAACUGUCUCAAUUGUAUGAUGCUGAGCUUCAAUUAACCGAGUAUUGUUUGAAAAUAAACCCUAAGUCUUACUGUGCAUGGCACCAAAGAGAAUGGGUGCUAACAACUAGAGCUAACCCCAACUGGGAGAAGGAGUUGUCUCUGUGCAAUAUGUACCUGAAGUUAGAUGAAAGAAAUUUUCAUACUUGGGAUUACAGAAGAUUUGUUGUAAGCCAAUGCAAGCCGCCACUGAAAGAUGAAUUUGACUUUACAACUGAUAAACUAAUGGACAAUUUCUCCAAUUAUUCUGCCUGGCAUUAUAGAAGUAAAAUGCUUGUGGAACUCUACCCUGAUGUUGAAGGUGGACGUCCAAUUGAGGAUAGUCAUCACAAACAUGAGUUGAAAAUGGUCCAAAGUGCAGCUUUCACCGAUCCUGAUGACACUAGUGCAUGGUUUUAUCAAAGAUGGCUGCUAGGUGCCGUCAAAACAAACAUAGAGGUGGCAGUUUAUACAGUAUCACCAUCGAAAACAACAGUAGCAUUUAGUAAACCAGUGAACCAAUCCUAUGUAGCUUCUAAGAUAAGAUUAUUUAUCAACAAUGAGUUAGUAAACGGUGAAUGGCAGUCUUGUUCAGGAAAUCAAUAUGAUGUUCUGUGGAUUUUUAAACAUAAUACUGAAAUCACUGACAGUUUAAACGUGCAGAUGGAGUAUGACAAUGAAAAUGGGGAACUUCAGAAAAUUCCCAGUGUUAAACAAAAUGGCCAAACUUAUGUUGGCAAAGGAGAAAUCGAUUUCCAAAGAAAAUACUCAAAACCAGUCAUUGAAGAGCUGAUUAAUCAGUUAGAUUCUUGUCGUCAGUUGUUGGCAAUGGAACCUGAUAACAAAUGGACUCUUCUUACAACUACAGUGUUCCUACAUUGUAUUGAUGCAAAGAAAUAUCACAAGGAGAUUAUAGAAAACUUACAUACAUUGAAAACUAUUGAUAAUUGGAGAGCUGGUUACUAUGAUGACUUGAUUACAAAAUGGAGUUUAGAAGAUCAACUUGCAAUUGAUUACAAAGAUGAUUCUAUAGAUUUCAAAAUCAAGUUUGAUGAUAAAAUCACGAGUUUACCUCACUUGCAGUACUACAGCCAUUGUGAAAAUGUUGAUUUAUCUAAUCAGAACUUAUCGUCUAAUGUGUUAGCUUCAUUAGAAUUGCUUCAAAAUUGCAAGAAACUUUCAUUAGCAAACAAUCAGCUGACAACAUUACAGAGAUUCCCUAAUUUAAUACUAGAGGAGUUAAAUUUAACAGGAAAUAAAGAUUUAGAUCAAGAGGAACUGGAAGUGUUCAAGAAAAACUGCAACUAUUCCGUUAUAUUCUGAAGUAUAUGUUGACACCUCUCGGUGGUAAAUAUAAUUCAUUUAAACAUAUAUUUUAAUUGAAGUAAUCUAAAUCUUAUAUUACAUUGUUAGUCAUAAAAUGAACAGGUUAUAUACUAAGCGUAUUUUACUUUGCCACACAGAACGCAAUUAGGAGGUGAAAAGUGGAAGCAAUUACUGCCUGCCCCCCUACGCAAAUGGCAUUUAAACACUAGCCGACCGAGGGAACAGAAACGAUAAUGUAUAGGUUUGAUGCUGACUUUUAACACUCAUGUCAAUAUCACACAUUGAGUUUUCUAUGCUCUUGUUCUAUUGGUGAAUAAAUUCCAUUUGUCUAGGGGCGCAGUUUGGAUAAGAAAGCUUAGCAUAUUUCACUGCACCUUUUAUAGAUUAUAUUUCUGUACUUCUUUACUACAUAAAUGCCUUUCAACAUGACGUUCGACUCCUUGAUUGCGUUCUGUGUUGUAAUGCUUUUUAAGACCAAAACAUCUGUAUAACAAUUAAUUUAAUUGCUACUCCUUUGGACAGAAAUAAGUGCCUACAUUUAAUUUUACACAACAAUAACAAAAAUAUUCUAAAUAGUGACGUAAUGCCACUACGAGGUUCAUCAGGCGACAAGGUCACAUAACACACUUACUUAAUAUAUUAGAAAAAUAUACGCAUUAUCGAAAAAAAAUGUGUUCAACAUAAAAUAACAACAGAUAAAAAUAUGAUAAAACAAUAUUUUUUAAACUUAAAUAACUUCAAACUAACACACAUCCAUGUCAUUUUUAUUCUUAACUUAUAAUUUUAUAUUAAUGCUAUAAAUAGAUAGUUCAAGCUAUAAGUACUAUAAAAUCACUUUCUACAUUAUUGUUUUAUGUAAGUACAUAACAUUUUGUGAUCAUGUUGUAUAGACUGAGUUUAAUAAAUGAACAAUAUACAUACUUACAAACUAACACUGAGAGUACUGUUCGUUAUUUAUAACAAUAAGAUCUUUUUUAUCAAUAUUUGAAUAAGUUACUGUUUGUAUAACUGACAAAGAUUUUAAAUUAAAUCAAAUUAUCAGUUCGACUAACAGAUACAUAAUCAGACAUUGUGAAAUAGGUUCUAAAUGUAGAGUAUAUCCUUAUAAUUAUUUACUCCAAAAAUAUACUUUACUGGUAACACUAAAGGCUUAGCUUGCGUUACACAUUACAAGAAGCUUUUGUAAAUACAUAACUAUGAUGUAAUUAUUGCUCUGAUUUUAUUUGUAUGUAAGUUCAAAAACUUUCCGCCAUUAAUAUUUUCAAAAUACAUUUUGUUCUACAAUUAAGUAUUGUUUAUUUCGUAUUAUAUUCUUCAUUACCUAGGUAUUUUAAUGUUUUACAAAAAUAUAUAUUUGUUAUGGUUUACAGUAUGCCUAAUAUAGACUUACCCACUAAUAAUAAAUUGUUGUCAUAUACAGCUGUUAUUAUAAUUGUAAGGGACUUUUAGUAAUGUGCAGUACCUACGAUUUUAUAUAAAUAGCAGAUAUAGAUAUAGCUAGGAAGCAAAUUUAAUAGAAUUGAAUUUAAAUUGUGGUAUGCUGCAACAGUACAGUACCAAUGGAACCAAUUAGAUAAGUAAUUCACAGUCACAUUGAGUUACAAAAAGUCUCAACAAUUUAUUGAUAUGAUAAAAAAUAUUACAAUGCUGUGACAUUUGUAAAUAAUAAUAAGACAACAGCUUUAAUUUCAGUUAU